GGGCCGGGGCCGCGGUGCGCGGCUCCCUCCCUCGGCAGCCCCUUGGCGGUCACCGGCGGGGUUAGGCCGCCUCGUCAGCGAGCCGGGCACGCCCGCCCCUCCUCGCCCCCGCCCUGCCGCCACUCGGGUUCGUCCCCCCCCGGCCACCAUGAGCGACCAAGAGAGCCCCGAGGAGAUGGCAGCCGUGAAGCCCGAGAAGGGCGAAGGCGACGCCAACAGCAACAGCAGUGCAGGCAGCGGGGAGGGCCAGGAAUCACAGCCUUCCCCGCUGGCUCUGCUGGCAGCCACCUGCAGCCGGAUCGAGUCUCCCAACGAGAACUCCAACAGCUCCCAGGGUGGGCAGCAGGGAGGAGGGAGCAGUGAGCUGGACCUGAGUGCUGCUGCUGCUCAGAUUGCUCAGUCUGCCAACGGCUGGCAGAUCAUCUCCACCGGUUCCACCACCCCGACCCCUUCCAAGGAGCAAGGUGGCAACAACGGUGGCAACGGCGGGGAGGGCUCCAAGAGCCGCCCAGUGAGCGCCGGGCAGUAUGUGGUGACCACAGCCUCCAACCUGCAGAACCAGCAGGUCCUGACAGGGCUGCCAGGAGUCAUCCCAAACAUCCAGUACCAGGUCAUUCCCCAGUUUCAAACCAUCGAUGGGCAGCAGCUUCAGUUUGCCACCACCCCUACCCAAGUCAACGUCCAGCAGGACGCUGCCGGGCAGCUCCAGAUCAUCCCUGGCACCAAUCAGCAGAUCAUCACGAGCAGGGCUGGGACCAGUAACCUCAUCGCCAUGCCCAACCUGCUGCAGCAGGCUGUGCCCAUCCAGGGCGUGGGCUUGGCCAACAACACCCUCUCAGGGCAAACCCAGUAUGUGGCCAAUGUCCCCGUGGCCCUCAAUGGCAACAUCACCUUGCUGCCAGUCAACAGCGUGGCUGCCAGCUUGGCUGCCACCUCGCAGACGGUGACCAUGAGCAGCUCUGGCUCUCCAGACAGCAGCUCCCAAACUGUCACCUCCAGCUCUGCUGCCACUUCCACCAACGUGGCCACGUCCCAGGCCAGCUCCGGAGCCUUCUUCACCAACGCCAACAGCUACUCCACCACCACCACCACUACUAACAUGGGCAUCAUGAAUUUCUCCACUGGUGCCACGGUGGGCAGCAGCGUCCAGUCUCAGAACCCCCAGAGGGUCAGUGGUGGGCAAAGCUCGGACUCAUUGCAGAGCCCAGUUUCUGGGGUGGCAUUGCAAGGUGGGCAGCAGAAAGAGGGAGAGCAGAGUCAGCAGUCCCAGCAGCAACAACAACAGCAGCAGCAGCAACAAAUCCUGAUCCAGCCCCAGCUUGUCCAAGGUGGGCAAACCAUCCAAGCCCUCCAGACCACCCCUCUCUCUGGGCAGAGCUUUGCCACCCAGGCCAUCUCUCAAGAUGCUUUGCAGAACCUUCAGCUCCAGGCUGUGCCCAACUCAGGGCCCAUCAUCAUUCGCACGCCCACGGUGGGGCCCAACGGGCAGGUCAGCUGGCAGACCAUCCAGCUCCAGAACCUCCAAGUGCAGAACCCCCAGGCCCAGACAAUCACCUUGGCCCCCAUGCAGGGAGUCUCCCUGGGCCAAACUGGCAGCACCAGCACCACACUCACCCCCAUCGCCUCCCUGCCCAGUGGCACCGUCACUGUCAAUGCUGCCCAGCUCUCCUCCGUGCCAGGCCUCCAGACUAUUAACCUCAGUGCCUUGGGAGCUUCUGGGAUCCAGGUUCAUCAGCUCCAGGGGUUGCCCUUGGCCAUUGCCAACGCCACCGGUGACCACGGGACUCAGCUGGGGCUCCAUGGCACGAGUGGGGAUGGGCUGGGGGAUGAGAACACAGCCGUGGAGGAAGGAGAGACCAGCCCAGACCCACAGCCUCAGCAAGGGAAGAAGACCAGGAGAGAGGCUUGUACCUGCCCCUACUGCAAGGACAACGAGGGGAGGAGCUCUGGAGAUCCAGGGAAAAAGAAGCAGCACAUCUGCCACAUCCCAGGCUGUGGGAAGGUCUAUGGCAAAACUUCUCACCUGAGGGCCCACCUGAGAUGGCACACAGGGGAGAGACCUUUCAUCUGCAACUGGAUCCUCUGUGGGAAGCGCUUCACCCGCAGCGAUGAGCUGCAGCGGCACAAGCGCACGCACACAGGGGAGAAGAAGUUCGCCUGCCCGGAGUGCCCCAAGCGCUUCAUGCGGAGCGAUCACCUCUCCAAGCACAUCAAGACGCACCAGAACAAGAAGGGAGCGGCCGGCAGCAGCGUGGCCAUGAACGUCUCCGCCGUAGCCAUGGACUCUGCGGGCUCGGCCGAGGGGAACGGCAGCUCCGCGCCCUCCGCGCUCAUCGCCACCAAUAUGGUGGCCAUGGAGGCCAUCUGCCCCGAGGGCAUCGCCCGCCUGGCCAGCAGCGGCAUCAACGUCAUGCAAGUGGCCGACCUGCAGUCCAUCAACAUCAGCGGCAACGGCUUCUGAGGGGGCACUGGGGCUGGGCCGCGGGGAGGGCAGCAGGCAGUGGCCGC